AUGUUACAAUUUCCGCAUCCCGAUGACAAACUUCUUCCCGACCAAAUUAAACUUGUCCAGACACCCUAUUAUCAUAAAAAAGACGAGAUUUGUAAGCGUAUUGUUGGUUCACUUGUCGGUCUCGCCGUUGGAGAUGCUUUGGGAGCAAGUGUAGAAUUUCGUCCUCAAGAAUAUUUAGUUACAAAUCCCGUGAAAACGAUGCAAGGUGGAGGUACAUGGGGUCUUGACGCUGGAAAAUGGACAGAUGACACAUCUAUGGCAUUAUGUCUCGCAUCAUCAUUAAUCAGUGAAAAUGGUUUCAAUCCUUAUAAUCAAAUGGUUCGUUAUAAAUGGUGGCAUAGAUAUGGAUAUUUAUCGUCAACAGGACAUUGUUUUGACAUUGGUCAAACAACUCGACAAGCAUUAACAGAAUUUGCAAACCGACAACGAAAUCUGAAAGUUGCUUAUCAUUGUCAAAAUGAUUAUGAAACUGAUAUGUUAGCAUUGGAUUCAGUUGAACGCACCUUCAAUUUCAAUAUUUCAUGUUCGGAUCCCGAUUCAGCGGGAAAUGGUGCUUUAAUGCGUCUUGCACCAAUUCCUUUAUUUUAUUUUCAAUCUCCUUUAAUUGCGAUUGAAAGUGCUGGUCGAAGUGCUGCAUUGACUCAUGCAAAUCAAAAAGCAGUUGAUGCAUGUCGCUACUAUGCGGCAUUGAUCAUUGCGGCCCUUCGAGGUUCAACUAAAGACGAAUUACUGGAUAAAAACUUUUAUAUAAAUCAUAAAGAUUGGUUUGGAGAAGACAAAUUACAUGACGAUGUUCAAACAAUUAUACAAGGUUCGUUUAAAAAGAAAGGAGGAUAUAACGAAGGAAUUCGUGGAAAAGGUUAUGUAAUCAAUUCUUUGGAAGCUGCUCUUUGGGCUUUUUGGGCGGAUGAAGAUUCAUUUGAAAAAGGUGCACUUAAUGCAGUGAAUCUUGGCGAUGAUACUGAUACAACUGCCGCGAUUCAUGGACAAUUAGCUGGAGCGUUCUAUGGAUAUGAUAAAAUUCCAAAAGAAUGGCUUGAAAAACUUUAUGCACAUGAUUUUCUUGUCACUGUUGCCGAAUGGUUACAUUUUAUGGGAAUUCAACGAGUAGACGAAUCAUAUCCUGUUUAUGAAACUGAAGACAAACAAAUUUUAUCAGAAACGAACGACUGUCAAACUGAUCAACAACAUUCAGAUCUAGUCGUUUCGGUAUACUCUUUGCAAGUCGAUCCAAUAGGAUCUGUUCCAUCGAAUGAUGACGUGUUAGAUCAUUAUUUUCAAAGUUCUCUGAACGAUGAAGAAGAUACUUACACAAGAAAUGCAUAUGAUCAUGGAUUUUAUCGGAAUAAACCCUAA